GCCGCGGCGGCGGCGGCGGCGGCGGCGGCGGAGGGCGGCCCCAAAAGGGGAUGCCUUCCGGCAUGCACCUCGUGUCUCAGGGGGGCGGCUUCUUGCCGGGGGUCGUGCCCGGGCAGGGGCCGGGGGCGCCGCAGUACAUGCAGCAGCUCGCGGGCCCCGGCGCGCCGCCGCCGCCGCGGGCGCCGCUGGGGCCGCCGCCGCAGCAGCAGCAGCAGAGGGGCUACGGCGGCGGCGGGCCGCAGGGCUACUGA